AUGAAAAACAGCGAAUUUUAUAAUAUUGACCUAAGGAACAUAUUUUUCUGUGAAAUUGGCAUUGGAAUUUCAACCAACGCAUUCAUACUUCUCUCCCACAUCCCCUCAUUCUUUUUCCAACACAAGCCCAAGCCCAUCGACCUGACCAUUGCUCUCUUGACUCUGACUCACUUACUGAUGUUGAUCACCAUUAGUUUCAUUGCUAGGGACACAUUUGGGUCCCAAGAUUUCUGGGAUGAUGUCAUAUGCAAAUCAACUUUCUACAUUUACCGGGUGCUGCGAGGUCUGUCCAUGUGCACCACCUGCCUGCUGAGUGUCCAACAGGCCAUCAUCCUCAGCCACAAUAACUCCUGUCUAGCAAAAUUCAAACGGAUACCCUCCCAUCAGAGCCUGGGCUCCCUCCUUCUCCUGUGGGCUUGCUAUUGCACUAUCAGCACUCACCUGGUAUUUACCAUCAUUGCCACCCCCAAUUUGACAUCAAGCAGCCUACUGUACAUCACUGAAUCCUGUUCCUUUUCGCCUUUGAGUUACUCCUUCAGUCAGCUGUUUCCCACACUGGUGACUUUCCGGGAUGUCUCCCUUAUAGGGCUCAUGGCCCUCUCGAGUGGCUAUAUGGUGACCCUCCUGUGCAGGCACAAGAGGCAGUCCCAGCACCUUCAUGACACUAGCCUUUCUCUACGAGCCUCCCCAGAGCUGAGGGCCACAAGGGUCAUUCUGUUGUUUCUGUGGUCUUUUGUGGUAUUGUUCAGUUUGGACUGCACUAUCUCCUCUUUCAGAUUUAUGAGGAACAGUGACCCAAACAUCUACUGCAUCCAGAUUCUUGUGGCCAAUGGCUAUGCCAUCAUCAGCCCUUUCGUUUUCCUCAUUACCAAAAAACAAAUAAUUCUCUGUUGGAAGUCCUUGUGGCAGAGGGCAGUUAAUGUUUAA